AAGAAAAUGAAUAUACGAAAGAAAAUAUCUUUUUAACUCGCAGUUUUUUACUGAACUGACGGAGAGAGGGAGAGAUGGCGGUCGUGGGUUCAGUUCACGGUGGUUCUCUCCACUCCAAAUUCCAAACCCUACCGCCAGCCAAAAUAUUCAACAGCCAAAAAAGAUCAACACUCCAUCGCCGGCCACCAAGUCCCCCAAUUUUCAUAUCCACGAAUCUCUCAGACGUAAACCCAAUUCACUUGCAAGACCUUUAUAGCUCCUGCAACCACUCCUGCCACCGUUUCCCUAACAUCUCCCCCGACGGACGUGUGGAGCCCGUCGACGUCGACAAACUCCGCAUCGCUCUCUCUCAUAGCUCUGUCGUUGUCUCCGUCUUCGCUAGACCAGAAACUGUCACCUCGUUACCGGAAAAUUUGAAUAAUGGGGGUGAUUGGUACCGAAGAAUGAUUCCAUUGACGCCAUUUAGCGGGAAAUUGGUGGGAUUCGGCCGAGCUGUUUCUGAUAAUGGAUUGACUGCUUCAAUUUACGAUGUCAUGGUAAUCCCUUCGUUACAAGGUCGAGGAAUCGGGCGUAUGAUUCUUCAAAGGAUUAUAAGAUUGCUUACAAAUAAAGGCAUAUAUGACAUAGCAGCUUUAUGUUCGGAUCAAGAAAUGGGUUUCGUCAAGGCAUGUGGAUUUGGAGAUGAUAUACUCGGAUCAACAACAAUGAUGUACACCAGGAGUGGCAAUCAUAUCUUGGUUAAAAGUGCUGGUAGGAAAGUACUAAUGGUUCCACCACUUAGAAAACCCUAACCAUUUUUAAUAUUUCAUACUUUUAUAUAUUAAGAGAACAACAUGCUAUUCGAGGGUAAUUUUGUAAACCCCUGCUCAGAUUGAAGCCGGGUAGAUUUAAUGUAUACUAUAAGCUCAAAAGCCACAAAUGCUUUUCCGUUUAUGUAAUAGAAACCUACGAUUUUUGCUCC